AUGAAGAAAAGCGUUGAAAAGAUGUCAAGUGCAUGGCGCGUCGCUCGAGCAGGCAUAAGGAAAGCAAGAAUCCAGCACAGCCAGGUGCUAUUACUGAUCCCCUGGCAGAUGAGCUUGUUAGCUUGCGGCUGGGAAUUCGUAGCUGAAGUGUCUCGCACUGGUGACAUCGCUGGACCAUUACAACUGAUACUGCCGCAACUCGCUCUGUUGGCUGUCAUCGGAAUACAAUUCUUCCCGGCUGUAGAUGUACGCUAUCGCAAAUACAUCGAUGGCAUGGUCAUGCUGCUGGUUCCACUUUUUGGCGUUACCAUUGUCCAUUCGUGUUUUCGAAUGGGCAUCAGUUUGUGCUGCUGCUGUCGCUCAUUGUGCCCAGUCGCAAAUUCUGCUGAAGUGAAACCAGAUACCACUGCUUGUGGACUCGUAGUAAGCAACUGCUAUAUGGCGUUCAUUCGCAAGGUUGCUCACUUCUACGGCAUUGUAAGCUCAAUGGAGACACUUGCAGCGACAAUGGUUGGCAGACUGGCUAUCACCAGUCGUCAAUCGUCUGCAUUCUCGAUUUUUACAGAUUUUCUUUUCAAAACGCGUCUAUAG